AUGAUACUGGCCUGGGCGGCUAGUGUUAUCGUAGGUCGUGCUCGCCUUGGCGGGAUACCUUGUGGCGUGAUCACCGCAGAGACGCGUUCGGUAAUCUCUCGAGUGCCUGCCGACCCUGCAAAUCCUCAGUCGGAGGCACAGACCGUCAAUCAGGCUGGUCAGGUAUGGUAUCCGGACUCUGCCUACAAAACAGCGCAGGCUAUCUCGGACAUAGCCAAGGAAGGUCUGCCUCUCUUCAUCUUCGCCAACUGGCGUGGAUUUUCGGGCGGUAUGAAGGACAUGUAUGAUCAAGCUUCAUAG